CAUGAGGCGGCCAAUGAAUGGCACUGAGUCGAGACCCGCAGUUUUACCUGAGGUCACCUCUGAGCAACUGGGCUUGUUCUUGCCAGCGGAGCUCUUCUUGUUUUCUUCCCCUCUCCCACGCCAAUCUUCGAUCUUGCUGGAACGAAAACACCAAUAAACCAUCGCUACAAAGAACCGCUUCCCCUCGCCUGUGGCCGUCUCCCUGGUCAUCGGUACGCCCUCUUUGCAGUCCCAUCGUCACCCCCCCGCGGAGCAACAAAUAAAAUACAUCGGUCAACAGAAACUCUCAGAAUGAAGUUUCAGUUUCUUGCCGCGCUGGCGACGGUGCCCUUGGCCAUCGCGCAGGGCGUAACCGACAAGAUUGCGCCCAAGGGCGAUGCUCCCGAGGGGUGCCAGCCCAACGCGGCCGGCAUGUUCGAGAUCACAGUCAUCCCGCUAAUGGGGAAGGCCAAGCGAGACGCACUUAUCGAGAACCGGGCUGCCUGCUCCGGCGACGGCACGGUGGUGGUCCAGCUCGCCGACGGUGUGCUCACCGACGGCCAAGGGCGCACCGGCUACAUCGCGUCCAAUUUCCAGUUCCAGUUCGACGACCCCCCGCAGUCGGGCGCCUUGUACACGGCGGGUUUCUCGGCGUGCAACAACGGAUCCCUGGCCCUUGGCGACUCGGCCAUCUUCUGGCAGUGCGCGUCGGGCACCUUCUACAACCUGUACGAUCGCUGGUCCGCGGCGCAGUGCUCGCCAGUGGAUAUUCUCAUCCUGCCCUGCGACGGCGGCAACAGCGGUGACGGCGGCAAUGGCCAGGACACCACCCAGACCGUGAUCGGCACCCGCAUCGUCACCACGACACUGGCCAUCCCGCAGAGCGACGGCCAGUCGCAGGUCAUCACCACGACAGCCCUCAUCCCGAUCUGUCAGAUCAGAGACGGCCAGCUCCAAAAACACACCACCCCCUGCGCCGCCCUCCCCGGCGCCCCAACCGCAGCGACCAGCCUGCCCUCCGUCUCCCAAAUCCCUGACGGCCAAGCGACUCCCAGCCCGUCCGCAGGGACUGGUGACGGUGGUGGUGCGCAAGAGACGGUGCCAGCGCCGAUGCCGGUGCCGACGGCGGCGCCGCCUGUGGUGGACACGGCUGGUGCGGCUGCUUUGGGUGGUGGUGGUUAUUUCGGGCAGUUACAUACUACCUGAUGGAAGGACUGAGGUUGGGGAAGGUGCAUCCAGUGAUGGGGCGUUUGGUUGCUCUUUUUGGGGCGUUUUAGUGGGUUGGCCCAUGGGUUGCAGGCGGGGAGGGUCCGCUUCGGGUUGCCCGUUGAUGCGGAAGUGAAAUAAUUACAAGGAAAUCUUGAUAGCGAUGGUGGACUGCCUCAUGGUGACAGUGGCAUUUUUAUUUUAUUUUUUAUUUUAUUCCGGACUCCCAUCCCAUUAAGAGAACAGCUACCUAGGUAGGUUCCGACCAACUGCGUACGAUCUUGACGAUGAAG